AUGGUGUCAUGUUUGCUAGCUGGUGUUAUUUGCCUUUGUUUACUUUUCCGGGUUGCCCUAAUGCUUACCUUCCAGAACAAUCAUAUUAUCGGUAUGGAAAAAAUGCGCAUUUCUUGCGUUCAAUUAAGUAUAGGAGGAAUGAACUGUCAGUGA